AGCCUCGGAGCGUGGGACACAGGGGCCUUCUGUCUGUCUGUAUUUCCCUCCUGCUGUCUCUCUCUGCCUUUGGCAUAUACCUCUCCUCCUCCCCACUCCCCUCUCCCCCUCCCCACUCCCCUCUCCCCGCCCACAUGCUCAUGAGUUGGGCUCCAGAAGAGUGCAAGGGGCAGGGAGAGCCCCUUGAUGACAGACACCCCCUCUGUGCCAGACUGGUGGAGAAGCCCAGCAGAGGGUCUGAGGAGCACCUCAAGUCUGGCCCGGGACCCAUCGUCACCCGCACAGCCUCAGGACCUGCCCUUGCCUUCUGGCAGGCAGUGCUGUCUGGGGACGUGGGCUGUGUCUCCCGCAUCCUCGCGGACUCCAGUACUGGCCUGGCUCCUGAUUCCGUCUUUGAUACCAGCGACCCAGAGCGAUGGAGGGAUUUCCGCUUCAACAUCCGUGCUCUGAGACUCUGGUCUCUGACGUACAAAGAGGAGCUGACCACCCCACUGCAUGUGGCAGCCAGCCGUGGCCACACCGAAGUCCUGCGGCUGCUGCUGAGGCGGCGAGCAAGGCCAGACAGUGCCCCUGGGGGCCGCACCGCCCUGCACGAGGCCUGUGCUGCAGGCCACACUGCCUGUGUUCAUGUGCUGCUGGUGGCAGGAGCCGACCCCAACAUCGCUGACCAGGAUGGGAAACGCCCCCUGCAUCUCUGCCGGGGGCCUGGCACCCUUGAGUGUGCGGAGCUGCUCCUCAGGUUUGGAGCGAGAGUGGAUGGUCGGUCCGAGGAAGAAGAGGAGACCCCUUUGCAUGUGGCCGCCCGGCUUGGCCAUGUGGAGCUGGCAGAUCUGCUUCUAAGACGGGGGGCAUGUCCUGAUGCCCGCAAUGCUGAAGGCUGGACCCCACUGCUGGCUGCCUGUGACGUCCGCUGCCAGUCCACCGCCGAUGCCGAGGCCACCACCGCCCGCUGUCUGCAGCUGUGCAGCUUGCUGCUUUCAGCUGGAGCAGACGCUGAUGCUGCCGACCAGGACAAGCAGCGACCCCUGCACCUGGCCUGUCGCCGUGGCCAUGCAGCUGUCGUGGAGCUGCUCCUGUCCUGUGGUGUCAGCGCCAACACCAUGGACUAUGGGGGACACACGCCCCUGCACUGUGCUCUGCAGGGCCCAGCUGCAGCCCUGGCCCAGAGCCCCGAGCACGUGGUUCGGGCUCUGCUCAACCAUGGCGCCGUCCGUGUCUGGCCAGGGGCCCUCCCCAAGGUGCUGGAGCGCUGGAGCACAUGCCCUCGGACCAUCGAGGUCCUGAUGAACACCUACAGUGUUGUGCAGCUUCCCGAGGAGGCCGUCGGCCUGGUGACUCCUGAAACUCUGCAGAAACAUCAGCGUUUCUACUCCUCCCUCUUCGCCUUGGUGAGGCAGCCCAGGUCGCUGCAGCAUUUGAGCCGCUGUGCGCUCCGCUCCCACCUGGAGGGCAGCCUGCCCCACGCGCUGCCCCGCCUCCCCCUGCCACCGCGCCUGCUCCGCUACCUGCAGCUGGAUUUUGAGGGCGUGCUCUACUAGAUGUCCACGGCCUUUUGAGAGGGCCUGAAAGCAGAUGCCCCAGCCUGCAGAGGGCGCGCCUCUGCACUAACUCAGGCCAGGUAGCCCUGGCAGCAGGAGGCCCAGCUCCGCAGGCAGGUGUGGAUGCUGCAAUUCCCAAUGCAGAGAAGCGGACCGACAGCGGCAGCCGGGUGAUGUCUGAUGAAGACACACUCCUACUGGGGCUCUCCUGAGGCCCCCUUCUAGCCUGUGCAAACCCUGUAUGUGCAUUAAAAAUCUCCAGGUCU